AUGCUUGCAUGUUCACCAGCUUUUCUGCCAUAUCCAGAUGACAACAAAAAUCCAAGCAACAUUCAGCAAAACGUUGGUUACCCAUUUCAAUAUGGGAUGGGACCUCCGAGGCCAGUUAUCGCUACAAGCUCCGCAACAAGUGCUAGGGUUAGUGAAGAAAAUAGGCCCAAUUGUUUAGAAAUUGAACCUCCAUGUUCUUCAACUAGAGUUGAUGAAGAAAUUAUAUUGGAUAGACCAGAUGAACGGGAAAUUGACGAUGGCACUACCGGUACACCACGGGUAGUGCCAUCAUUGGAUAGUGAUGAUAUCAUUGAGGAGCCAAAGUCGGGGAUGGAGUUUAAUUUGUUUGAAGAUUUGUUGAGCUAUUAUAAACAGUAUGCAAAGAAAUGCGGGUUUGGGGUGAUGACACAGAGGAGUGAGAGGUCAGAGGAUCAAAGUGUCAGAUAUGUCACCAUUGGUUGUGCACGGGGAGGGAAGGCCCGGAAUAAGAGUUCGAAUGUCGCCAACCCACGUCCGACGGGGAAAACGGACUGCAAGGCAAGAAUUAAUGCUUUAAGAGUUGAGGGAAAGAUGCGGAUAACAACUGUGCAUAAUACACAUAAUCACGGCCUCAGCCCAAAAAAAUCCCGCUUUUUUCGAUGUAACAGAGAAGUGAGUGAGACCGUUAAAAGAGUCCUAGACACGAACGACUUAGCUGGCAUCCGAUUGAAUAAGAGUUACGGUUCUCUUGUUGUUGGCGCAGGUGGCUUCGAGAACCUCCCAUUUUUAGAAAAAGAUUGUCGCAAUUACAUCGACAAAGCACGACAUCUGCGACUUGGCGCAGGUGGUGCUGGAGCACUACGGGAUUAUUUUAUGAGAAUGCAGUACAAGAAUAAUGGAUUUUUUGCAUUGAUGGAUCUAGGCGAUGACGGUAGAUUAAAGAAUUGUAUGGAUGGUAUAGCUCCAAAGGCUAUUAUUACUGAUCAAGACAAAGCAAUGAAAAAUGCAAUUGCUACCGUCUUUCCAGAAACUCGACAUAGAUUAUGCUUGUGGCAUAUACUGAAGAAAGUCCCUGAGAAGCUUGGGUCGUAUGCUGCGUACAGAAGUGGGCUAAAAACUCAACUGAUGAAAUGUGUGUAUGACACACAAACUAUUGAGGAGUUUGAGAAAUGUUGGGCUGGGUUUAUUAACACAUACGACUUACAUGAGAAUGUGUGGUUGAAAAGUUUAUAUGUGGAGCGUGAGUAUUGGGUACCGGUAUUCCUGAAAGAGCACUUUUGGGCUGGAAUGAGUACAACUCAGCGCAGCGAGAGUAUGAAUGCUUUUUUUGACGGUUAUGUUCACUCGAAGACAAACUUGAAGGAGUUUGUCGACCAGUUUGACAGUGCGUUGAGGAAGAAAAUUGAGAAUGAAAACCAUGCGGAAUUUCAGUCAUUUAGCCAGGUCAUUCCCUGCAUAUCUAGAUCUCCAAUCGAAAAGAAAUUCCAAGAGUUGUACACUAACGCUAAAUUUAGGGAAGUUCAGCAGCAAGUAAUUGGUCUGCUCGAUUUGGAUCCAUCUCUACUUACAUCGGAUGGUGUAAUGAAGAGUUAUUUGCUAGAAGAUGAAGUUCGUAUUGAGGAGUUCACUAAACCAGUGACAUUUUUAGUGGACUUUAAUGAGGAAGACUGCAGUGCUAAGUGUUCAUGUGGGUUAUUUCAGAUGAGAGGGAUACUGUGUAGGCAUAUUUUGGCCGUAUUCAAGUGUAACGGUAUAAAAUCAUUGCCAGACCGGUACAUCUUGGACCGAUGGAGAAAGGACAUCAAGAGGAGAUACACAUUCAUUCGCAGUAGUUAUGACGCAGGGGAGCAGAGGCCAAAUGGUCAUAGAUAUUCAAUUCUUUUAAAUAUGUGUUAUGGGAUGAUAACUUAUGCAGCGGAUUCUAAUGAGCAAUUCAAAGAUGCAAAGAAGAGGAUACAAGAGAUGACUGAAUGUUAUCACGAGCAAACACUCAACUUAUCUCAAAUCCAAACAGGUUCGAAUGCUGGUUUGAUGACAGAGAACAAAAAUACAGUUGGUAGUUCACAACAAGUGAAGAGUCCACUUGUUGUGAGAGGGAAAGGAAGACCCCCAUCUCUGAGGCGAGCAUCCAGGAUGGAGACGGACAUGCGAAAGGUUAAAGCCAAACAAAAGAAAGCACAAGUCAGAGGGAAACGCAAACAGCGAGAGGGAGAUACACCAGAAGGAGAUAUACUAGUAGUGGGGACGUGCAGGAAUUUAUUUGGGCCAUCAGAAGUGGAUAUCACCAAUCCUGUACAAGUGCAGUCUGUUAUAGACAGCUGCAUAUUUGACAGUAGUGGAACCCAAAGCCGAGAAACAGUAUUUGGCAGCCAAGAAAGUAUUUUUUUGGAUUCGAUGGCGCUCAACCAGACCUCCUUGGGUUCUGAUGGAUCACAACCGGUGCAAGAAGGCUGA